AUGGCGGUCACUGGCGGCGACGACGACAAUGGCGUCAUCUAUCUUCAUGGUGACCUUGAUUUGAAAAUCAUCAAGGCGCGGCAGUUGCCGAACAUGGACAUCUUCUCGGAGCGUCUCCGUCGCUGCGUAACAGCCUGUGACACUAUCAAAUUCCACUCUGACGACGUCUCCGCCCACGGCGGAAGCCAGCGGACGCGCCACCACAGGAGGAUCAUCACGAGCGACCCGUACGUGACGGUUUCAGUGCCGCAGGCGACUGUGGCGCGCACGCGAGUGCUGAAGAACUCCCAGGACCCUGAGUGGAACGAGCAGUUCCACAUCCCACUCGCGCAUCCAGUUGUGGAUUUGGAGUUUCGAGUGAAGGACGACGACGUUUUCGGCGCGCAGAUGAUGGGAACCGUGAAGAUUCCGGCGCGGCUGAUUGCCACUGGCCAGUUAAUUAACGACUGGUUUCCUAUCAUUGGACCGUCCGGGAAGCCGGCGAAGCGAGACACGGCGUUGCACGUGCAGAUGAAAUUCACGCCGGUGGAGGAGAAUUUGCUUUACCAGCGAGGCAUUGCGGCGGAUCCGGAGCACCGCGGAGUGAGGAACACGUAUUUUCCGGUGAGAAAGGGGAGUUCAGUAAGGUUGUAUCAGGAUGCGCAAUGUCCCGAAUCUGGCAAAGGGAAGUUACCGGAGGUAAAGCUUGAGAAUGGAGAGGUUUAUAGGCACGGGAAGUGUUGGGAGGAUAUUUGUUAUGCCAUAUCUGAGGCUCAUCACAUGGUGUAUUUGGUGGGUUGGUCGAUUUACCAUAAGGUGAAGCUUGUUAGAGAGCCUACUAGGACCUUGCCACGAGAUGAUUUGACGCUUGGAGAGUUGCUGAAGUAUAAGUCUGAAGAAGGAGUGAGAGUGCUGUUGCUGGUUUGGGAUGAUAAAACUUCGCACGAUAAGAUUUUACUCAAGACGACUGGUGUGAUGCAGACUCAUGAUGAGGAAACCAGGAAGUUUUUUAAACAUUCUUCAGUAAUGUGUGUUUUGUCGCCUCGCUCUAGACAUUGGGUUGUUGGAACGGUCUUCACACACCACCAAAAAUGUGUGAUUGUGGACACACAGGCUGCUGGGAAUAACCGGAAGAUAACUGCUUUUAUUGGAGGUCUUGAUCUAUGUGAUGGUCGCUAUGACACGCCUGAGCAUCGUCUUUUUCGUGAUCUUGACACUGUAUUUUCUGGUGAUUUCCACAAUCCUACAUUUCCUGCUGGAACAAAUGCACCUAGAGAACCAUGGCAUGAUUUGCACUGCAGAAUAGAUGGACCUGCUGCAUAUGAUGUUCUUAUUAAUUUUGAGCAGCGAUGGAAGAAGGCAACUAAAUGGAAGGAGUUUGCAAUCCUUUUCAAAAAAUCCUCUCAAUGGCAUGAUGAUGCUUUAAUAAGAAUAGAACGCAUCUCAUGGAUAUUAAGUCCAUCAGUUUCCCACUCGGAGGAUAAUUAUACAGUCGUUCCAGAGGAUGACCCUUCAUUAUGGGUUUCUAGUGAAAAUGAUCCUGAAAACUGGCAUGUUCAGAAUCUUAUUUGUGCUAAAAAUUUGGUUAUAGACAAAAGCAUUCAAACAGCAUAUAUUCAAGCGAUCAGAUCUGCUCAACACUUUAUUUAUAUUGAAAACCAAUACUUCAUUGGAUCAUCGUAUGCAUGGCCAAAUUAUAAAGAUGCAGGGGCUGAUAAUCUCAUCCCAAUGGAGUUGGCACUGAAAAUUACUAGUAAAAUCAGAGCUAAGGAAAGAUUUGCUGUCUAUGUUGUUUUACCAAUGUGGCCAGAAGGUGAUCCUAAAACUGGGGCUAUGCAAGAAAUCCUCUUUUGGCAGAGCCAAACGAUGCACGCAAUGUAUGAUGUAGUUGCUAAAGAAUUGAAAGCAAUGCAACUUACUGAUAGGCAUCCACAAGAUUACCUCAAUUUUUAUUGCCUUGGUAAUCGAGAAGACUUUAAUGAAGAAAGUUCAUGCACAAAUGGUGCACAGGUCUCUGGAGCCUAUAAACAUCGCCGAUUUAUGAUUUAUGUGCAUGCAAAGGGGAUGAUUGUUGAUGAUGAGUACGUUAUAAUUGGAUCUGCUAAUAUAAACCAAAGAUCUAUGGCUGGUACUAAAGAUACCGAGAUAGCUAUGGGCGCGUAUCAACCCCAUUACACAUGGUCAACAAAGCAAAGACAUCCAUAUGGCCAGAUUUAUGGUUACAGAAUGUCACUAUGGGCAGAGCAUCUUGGCAUGUUAGAUGAAACUUUUGAGGAACCAGAGAGUUUGGAGUGUGUGCAUAAAGUGAAUGAAAUUGCUGUCAAUAAUUGGAAAUUAUUCCUUUCUGAAGAUUUCUCACUUCUGCAAGGACAUCUUCUUAAGUAUCCUGUAGAGGUAGAUUCCGAUGGGAAGAUUAGAUCCCUACCCAAUUGUGAGAAUUUCCCGGAUGCUGGCGGUAAGAUAUUGGGGGCUCACUCAACAACUAUUCCAGAUAUCCUAACAACUUAA